AAAUAAACUGUGUUUGGAGCGAAAGGGAAUGGGAAAACGAUAACGAUAUUGGUAGUUUAUCUUUAACAUUAUGCACCAUGUAAAAACUUUUGAGAAAAAAGCCUAGAAAAAAAAUGUCGUCUACUGCCGCUAGCGCCGAAAGCUGUUCUGAUUCUGUCGAUGGGCAGCUCCUGCAGGUGGAUGAAAAGAAGUUGGAGCAGCUUCGACGCGCCAGGUGGAGUGCGGAAUUCUAUCGAAAGCUGCCACUUCCGAGUUUCCUGGCUCGCUCCGUGGAUGCGGUGGCUCUCUUUCUAUGGGGCGGCGUGGGCAUUCUGGCACUAGACAACCGCUACGACUGGGGCGACAGCCGAACCCUUGCGCACAGCAUGGCGCUUUCCGACGUCCUUGCUGUGGGUGCAUUGGAUUGUCUUCUCGUGUCGCUGAUGCACUGGUGUCGUGGUGCGCUGACUGGGGACCCGGAGGACUGGGAAGUUGCUGACGAUGCGGUUCUAUCCGUCGCGCAGGCUGCGGUUGAUGGUGCCGGCGCACCGCCAGGAACGAACAAUGCGUCGGAUGGAAAUAAAGCGGGCCUGGCGGAUGGAAAUGAAAAUGCAGGGGAUCAAGCAGAGGACGGCUGGCAGAUACGCUUGCUGUACAUGUGGCUGGCGUACUUUUUUCGGGCCGCAGUUUUUUCGAUGGUUCUUGUGCAGUUCGUGGUGAUUGGCAGUGCAAACCGCUCGAACGAGCUUCUCAUGAUUGCCGAGCGCCUCACGCUUUCGUUUUUCUGCGCGCAAAGUAUCAUCCUGCGCCUGCACCGCUGCGGCUUGCUCAAGUUUGGGAUGGAGGUCUGCGUCGUGUUUCGCUUAUUCGAAAUGCUUCUUCUGUUCAUGUGCGCCGCCUUUCUUCCAGCCUGGAGAAGCUACACGAUUGGGUGCAAUGUCGGCCUGUGCAUCACAGAACUGCUGCAUGCCCAUGAUCACUGGUCACGUGAGGCCACGCGGCAGGCGGUCCUUGCGCGGAAAGAGUGGCGGAAAAAGCGGCGCGAAGAGUGGAAAACCUGGCGAACCGCAGAGCGGCCGAAAGGAGAGGAUGGUAGAAGCUGCGCCGUUGAAUCUUCCGAAGAGAAGAAGGAGCAGCACCACGUUUUGGACACGCAAAGCCCGAAUGAUUCACCGAGUAAGACGCUCUGCGAGGGCGACAUUAUUGAAACAGAAUCAGGCCUGAGGGGAAGGAUUCUGUCGCCCGCCAUGCUCGAAGAGCUUGACUAACGCUAAAGUUUUACUAGCAAUACACCAUAGGAGAUGAUUGAAGAUGCACAUAGAAUAUUAAAAGAUACAAACCCGUCGUUAGUCUUUGAUAUUAAAGGUGAUUGAUGAUUUUGUUUUUCAUUUCCAAAAAGCA